GAAGCGCUGCAAGUGCCAAGAGUGGAGGCGGACGUACGCUCAGAAAGAUGGCGCCUAGCAGCUGGCAGUACACACUGGUCGGGUUCUCUGAAGAAAUUGACUGGAAGCCUCUAAAUUUUGUCAGGGCCAUUCCUGCGAACAGAAUCUGCGGUGCUUGCGGACUAGUACACAGAGCUACCGCUUUGCUCGGUUGCGGUCACGUGCUGUGCAAGAACUGCUACGAUCACUCGGUUGAUGAUGGCGGACAAGUUUGCCCAUUAGACGGCGGCCACUACCCCGAAGAGGACGUUGAAUGGAGAAUUUUUCCUGCCGAGAAACUUCUACAAAGAGAGGUGAAAUGCUGGAAUGAAGAAGCUGGAUGUCAAGCCGUGAUAGCUGCUUCCAAUAUCAGCAAGCAUCACCGCGAUGAGUGUCAAUACCACACAGUAUCUUGCCCGAAGUGCUCGGCGACUGUGCUGUACCGCAGUGCUAGCACGCACAUAAUGUCAGGAUGCCGCGCGGUGUCCUGCACGCCAGUAAAGCGCGAGACCUCAAAGGAAAGCGAUGGAAGUGUGGAUAUUGAGCAGCUAAAGGAAUCUCUUCAGGCGGCUAUAUCAGAGAUCAAGGCCGGGUUUCGGCAAAUUCAUAGCUUCAACGACGCACGGAAGGCAACUCUCGAACAUGUCUGCCAUGGAAUCAACUCUCUCAAAGAAGCUAUGAAAGAAGAGUUUGUAGCAGUGAAUAAAGUGUACGGCACCCGCUUCGCGGAAAGUGCAGCUGGUGCUGGUGACAUUAUGGAGGAAGUGAUAGAAAUCUUGAACUCGACGACUAGCCGCCUCGACGAUGUCUUUCAUAAUGUCAACCGUAUUAGUGAAAAAGUGCGCCAAAGGGCGACAAAUGAACGAGUUGCAAAACAGGCUGCUGAAAUUUCCACGUUAAAGUCUGAACUUCAGGAACGCAGUGAAAGGAUGCUCACGCGUGUUGAAGACGUGCUCAUGCUCCUUUCACUGAACACUUCCCGUCACGAAUUUAUCAUCAAGGACAUAAGCUUACUUAAAGAAGCUGCGCUAAAGAAUGACUCGGCUCUGGUAGAGCUCGAGCGCCGGUACUCACGUGCAUACUGCAUCGUUCCUGGAGUUUACUUUAAGAAAAAUGGGGACUCCGUAAAUCUGCACAUUUCUAUCCAUAUCGAAGAAGGCCCGUUUGAUAGUUUCAUUCACUGGCCCUUCCGCCAUAAGAUCGAGCUCAGUGUGGUACAUCCAGCUUUCGGGAACGUGCGGACGCUCAAGUUUGUGAGCAGAAACUGUGAGUCCCACCAUCUGUCCAAGCCAUGCAACGGAAAAGGUCACGUGACGAACCCGUCUUUCAGUCUGAAUGAACUUGAGCGCGACGGCUAUCUGAAGGAUGAUAAACUGCGGUUCAUAUGGGAAACACUCCUAUGAGAGUUUCGUGGGCGCACUGCUGGAACCGCGAUUCUUAUUGCCCCUACUCUAUAGUGCAUUUGUUUUAUGUUUCGUAUUAUUCUUGCCUAUGUGCAGUUGUGUAAUUUUGUUUCUUUAGAACCUACGAAGCCGAUGAGAUCCGAUGA